CGGCAUGAAGCUCCGGGAGGCGAGGUAGAGCCGGGCGCACUGCGAUCCCGCGUUCACGGCAGCGCAGCUCGCUUCCGUCCGCCGCUUCUUCUGCUAGUUUCCUGUUCCUAGACGCCUCUACUCCACGCACGCACCGGCAACCUCCGCAGGUCCCUCUCUCUACGGAUUCAUUUCAGACCGCGCAAAUGUUGAGCUUGCCCGCCGAGCUCGGUAGCAACAACUUAGAACUGGCGGAGCCGGAAGAGCGGGCGGCAUCAGUGGCCCGAGGAGACUCCAUGGCCCACCCAGAGGCAUCUCCCGAGGGCUCUGAACCUCCCCCGAUGCAAGAGCUGGAGCAAACACCGACACCGGGGACCUCGACGCCGGCAGAGUGCAAAGUCCUGCUCAAACAAGCGGACGCCUUGGCAUCCAAAGGGCGCCUUCGGGAAGCCUUCGAGGUAUACAAGCAGCUCUCGGAGAGGCAGCAGCUAGUGGCCGAGCAGCUGGAGCAGCUGGUGCGCUGCUUGGCUCAGAGCUUCCCGCAAAAGGAGCCCGGGGCGCCAGCUCUCUUCGACCAGACCUGCAGCUCGAGCUGCUGCGCAGCGGCCGUGGAAAAGGCAAGGGCGGCCGCGGCCGUGGUCCCCGAGGUAUGGGAUGGCUUUAAGUGCCGGAAGUGUCACGGAUUUCUCUCGGACCCCGUGUCCUUGUGGUGCGGCCACACCUUUUGUAAACUGUGUUUGGAACGUGGGCGGGCCGCCGAUCGGCGGUGCGCGCUCUGCGGGGUCAAGCUCUCGUCUGUUAUGGUGAUCGGUGGAAGGGGACUCGGGUUGCGGCUGGCUGCGCAGCCGGCGCCCCUGAAACUGCGAGUCAACGUGGUACUCAGCGGCCUUCUGGGCAAGUUGUUCCCGGGCCCGGCACGGGCGUCGCAACUCCGGCACGAGGGCAACCGGCUGUACCGCGAGCGCCAGGUGGAGGCGGCUCUGCUCAAAUACAACGAGGCAGUUCGGCUGGCUCCAAAUGACCAUUUGCUUUAUAGCAAUCGGUCUCAAAUUUAUUUCACCUUGGAGUCUCAUGAGGAUGCACUGCAUGAUGCAGAAAUAGCAUGUAACCUUCGGCCAAUGGGUUUUAAGGCCCACUUCAGAAAAGCACAAGCUUUAGCCACCCUAGGCAAGGUGGAGGAAGCACUCAGAGAAUUUCUCUACUGUGUAUCCCUUGAUGGAAAGAACAAGAGAGCCAGAACUGAAGCUCAGAGGCUUCUCUUUAGUUUCUUUUCACCAUCAGUCCCGGGGGAGUCUCAGGAACAUUCUCCCGAUAUCCUGAAGCUGUUGGCACCUCACCCUAGAUUAAAGGAACACGUAGAGUCAAUGGCUACUGAAGGCACCAGCCAUAAUCUACCAAAGUUGUCACAGGAAAGUCCAGAGCUUCCACAUUGUUCAAGUCAGGAAGCAGCACCUCGGGGAGACAGCAGCAGCCUGAAGAACUCAGCUCAAGGAAAAGUGGAUAGUCAAGAGGACAGUGGGAAGGAUCAGAAAGAAAAGGAGCACGAUGCUGCCUCCAUCAGGACCGGCAAAUGCAAGGAAAAGAAAAGGAACCGUUGCCAAAAUAAUGAAAACCAAGAAGACCCGGAUGUGCCUAAUAAAGUCUCCAAACAAGAUCAUCCUGCUGAUAAUGUGGCCAAACCAGAUCUCAGUAUUCCGUUUGCAUCCUUUGAUGCGUCUGACCUUGAAUGCUCACUGUGUAUGAGAUUAUUCUAUGAGCCAAUCACAACACCUUGUGGGCAUACCUUUUGCUUGAAAUGUCUUGAGAGAUGCCUAGAUCAUAAUCCGAAGUGUCCGCUGUGCAAAGACUCUCUUUACCAGUGCUUGCCAUCAAGAAAGUAUAGCAAGAACGUAAUCAUGGAGGAAUUAAUAGCUAAAUUCCUGCCAGAAGAACUCAGGGAACGAAAGCUCCUUUAUGAAGAGGAAAUGGAAGAACUUUCUAACUUAAAUAAGAACGUGCCUAUUUUCGUUUGCACCAUGGCCUAUCCCACUGUCCCUUGUCCCCUGCACAUCUUUGAGCCUUGUUAUCGCCUGAUGAUUCGGAGAUGUAUUGAGACAGGCACAAAACAGUUUGGCAUGUGCCUUGGAGAUCCUGUCAAAGGGUUUGCAGAAUACGGCUGCAUCUUAGAAAUCAGAAAUGUCCAAUUCUUUGCUGAUGGCCGUUCGGUGGUUGACAGCAUAGGCAAGAGGCGCUUCAAGGUGCUUCAACAGGGCCAGCGGGAUGGCUACAACACAGCUGAUAUUGAAUACAUUGAAGAUCAAAAGGUUCAGGGAGAAGACCGUGCCGAACUCAUGGGGCUGCAUAACUGUGUGUAUGAGCAAGCUUCCUCGUGGUUUCAUUCGCUCAAACCAUCACUCAAGAAUCGGAUACUAAAUCAUUUUGGUCCAAUGCCAGAGAAAGAUGAAGAUCCGCAGGUUAGUCCGAACGGUCCAGCCUGGUGCUGGUGGACAUUAGCGGUUCUUCCCCUGGAAAGCAGAGCUCAGCUCCCCUUCCUAGCAAUGAAGUCGCUAAAGGAUAGACUGAAUGGUAUUCGUCGAAUCCUGGCCUUUAUAUCCAGAAACCAAAAUUAGGGGGAGCAGACUGGGGAGGAAGCAUUUCCACCCUCUCCACUGCCUCGGGGUGAUGUUCUUAUAAAAAUGUCUAAUUUCAAUAACAUGUUAACAAAAGAGAGUAUCCUGGAGAGACGUUGCUCUGCUCUUUGACCACACCGAAGUUGAGUAGGAAGACUGAAAGGAUGUGACCUGUUUGACUUUCUGUCUUCAGAUGCUUUUUGACACUAACAGCUAGAGGUGUGGAAGAGCCCAGCAAAAGUUAAUGUUUAGCGUCAGUUUUUCUGAAAGUAGGACUGGACUUGUCUGUCGUAGCUUAGUGUCUGUGUGGUUGGAAUGUGAAGCGGAUGCAGGCGUCACUGUAUUCUGUCACUGACUUGAGGUCUCAUUUCAAAUGGUUCAGGUUUUAUAGAGCAUUGUGUAAAAUAAUGUUCAUACUUCUUUUUGUUUUAAUAAUUUAUUUUUUUGCACUACUGUAUCCUUUUUUCUACAUUUACGUUUGUAACUAUUUAAGUGUACGUUACUGAGAAGUCCAUUGCUUUAUUUAUUGAAGUGGUUGACUGUAUGUAGGGAAGUAACAUUACUAAACAUGUGCAAUGUUCUUUCUUUACCUUUUGCCGGAGUAAUCCCAAGUCUUAGGCUAUUUUAUAUAGUUCUUGUCUAUUCUAGUCGGCUAAGUCUCAAAGAACUUCAGAAGGAUUCUGAGGUGGUUUAUCUUCACAGAUUCCACUCUUUCAGUUUGAGUUAAGUGAUAGAAAAUACUUGAUUUUGUGGUGUGGGAUUGUUUGGGACUUACGCCUUCAUGAUUUGGCAUAGGUUGUGGGGUGUGCGAGAGUGCAGUAAAAGGGUACAUUUUGUGGGUGUCGUGCAGAGCAAGGCUGAGAGAGUUAUUCAAAAACAGAGAGAUAAAUUAGAAGUGUCUUUUAUUACAACCUUUGAGAGGUAUUUGCUUCAGGCAAUCUGAUGACAAGUGUAUUAAUUUCUCCCCAGUUUGGUUAAGGAUAAGAUUGAUAUUUACCGGGUGUUUCAGAGCAAAUGGCAUCAAGACCCAUACCAGCACCUGCUGGAAUACUCGAGGGGCUACUCCAUCUUCAAAUCGUAAAGAAAUCAUAUAGGCUAGAGCCCACUUUUAAAUCUCUAUAAAAGAACCAGAGAACGAAUUUACGAUUUUACGUAAACACUGCCUUCCCUCUUGGUAACAAUGGACCAAAGAUUUCAGUGGGAAAAAAAUUUUCAUGGGGAGAAAAGAAGGGAAAAGGGUAGAAGUAGCAUUGUUUAGCUCGCUUAGUGCUAGUUUGAGUCCUUUGGUAUUAGAGAAAGCUGAAAAACAGUGUGUAAGUGUUUUAAUGGCAGAGAAGAAAAUUAGAGCCAGGAAAAGGAAAUUGUCACAUUUGUUUCUUGUGCAAACGACUACUCCCAGGUGAUUUUGGACAGCUAUGCUGUGUUAUUCACGUGUAGCCCCUCCAUUUUGUUGGCAGGACAGAGAGAGAGAGAGAGAGAGAGAGAGAGAGAGAGAGAGAGAGAGAGAGAGAGAGAGAGAGAGAGAGAGAGAGAGAGAGAUUCAAGGAUCAGUCUGGGAUCUUCUGUAGCCACCGGUGGGGUUUGACUGUGUGAGAGAGGAGGUCUCCAGAUGCUGUCCAAAAGACUCAUAUAAGCGGAAGCUACAUGAGUGGUCAUCUGCACUUGCUUAUCUAGGCUGUACUGUCAGAGCAUCGUCAGCUCAGCUUUGAUGUUUGGCAUAAUCUGGGCGAGUGUAUGUGAAUGCAAGUGUAUGGAAUGGAAAUGCAGGAGUGGACACUAUCUGAGUUAAGUCUAGAGGGCUCCGAGAGCAGGAAAUGAAGAUGUUUUCCCCUUUUGCCUGACACCCAGGUGUAUGGCCAUGGCGAAGUCCUAGUAUGAUUGUUUCCUAUCCUGCAGUGCAAACACAGCAGAGAAAAAGGUCAAAAGCGUCUCCAGGUACUACUUGUGGUACUUCGGCAUUAAUUUAACUGGCACUAAGCCCCAGUUUCCUCGUAUAUGAAAUGGUACUGGAGCUCACUUCAACAGCACAUAUACUAAAAUUGGAAUGGCACAGAGAAGAUUAUCACAGCCCCUCUGUUCGGCUAGCAUGCAAAUUUGGAUAGUGUUCUGUAUUUUGUAUUAAAAGAUGGAAUGGUGGUGAUGUUAAUAGCAUUUAGGUUUCUUAGGGACAUUAAGUUAGACAUGUCAGAAAUUACUUAGCGCAGUGCCUUGAUGAUGAGAGACAAACUCUGUCACCAGCCAUGUCGGACACUGUCAUCAGUAGUCUACAGUUACGUGAAACCCUGCCUUUACCGGCUGUACGCAUUUACAGCCAUUUUAACCUCGGUGGGGAAAGGUCAAACCCCUGAUUCUUGGACCACAGCUUGAUGGUUUGCAAGAAACUCCUACUGGGGGGUGAAACUAGGAAAGCCAGGCUGGGGGUAUGGCUCAGUUGCUUGUGUUUGCCUUAUCUGCAUGGGUCACUGGGUUCUAGCUCCAGUACUGUAGAUAUAGAAGAAACGUGGAUAAAACGAAAGGACUGGAGAACAAACGAGUAUUAGCGGUAGGGACUAAUUUCUAUGUCAAGAAAAUAGCUCCCAUCUUAAUAAGGCCUAAAAAGCAAUGCUAUAUUUGGGGGAUCUAAAAUUCCUGAUAGAAUGGAAGCCUUAAGUUUUAGCUCCAUGAGCAUGGCCACACCAUCCUUCCCUGUUCUUCAAAAUGUGUCGAGAAUUUCAGCUAUAAAUAAUUAGAUUUCACCAUCUAUAGGUUUUGCACAUAGCUAAUGGUAUUUCAUUAUGCUCUCCCAAAUAACAGGCUCUACGAUAGUGUGUUGAGAACCUACCAUGUACCAGGUACUAAACGAAGUGAUCUCAUUCACCUGAAUACAUGGAAUAACCUUUAGACAGCAUUGUUAAGCAACAUAUAUGGAGAAGGAAACAGAGGCUCAGCAAUUUUAAAGAAUAUGCCUAUGUAGCAUGUUCAUUCAAUGAGUGGCCAAGCUUGAUUCUUUGCCUAUCACAUGGCAGAUCUUUCAAUGUUUUGAACAGUUUGUUACACAUUUUAUUCAAUAGACAUGGCAGUCAAAUCACGAAACACCUUAUGAGCUCAAAGUGAGACGUGCCCAACACAUCUCUUGUUAGUCUAAGGGAAAGAGGAAGUUUGGCUCCUUAAUGGAAGUUAAGUUGAGGUACCAAUUGGCAAGAGGGUACCCAAUCUGAGCACAUGGAAAUCUUAGCCUGGCUGCAUAACACAUUCCUCUGAGCAGCCUGAAUCCAUGUUGGGUUUGUUCUCCAGCCAGCUUUUGUUUCAGGGAUGGAGGGAAGCAGGAGAGUAGGCUUUAACUUUCUUCGUGAUGUGCAUGAGUGGGGUAAUCAGUUGAACUUGACCAUCUUUAGCACUUGCAGACUGGUUCUGCUUCUAAGUCUCAGCUGGAAGGACAAGAUUCCCCCCUUGUAGACAGUGCCACUUUCUUGGGUUAGUAUUCCUUUCUAGAGUGGCUGACCCAGUCCUUUAUAGAUUAUUUACUUUGUGUGUGUGUGUAUGUAUGUAUGUAUGUAUGUAUGUAUGUAUGUGUGUGUGUGUAUGUAUGUGUGUGUGUAUAUGUGUGUGUGCAUAUACACACACAUACACUAGGUAGCAAGCAGACCUUAUGCCUUUCUGCUUUGUACCGUACCACUGCUGCUAGCUAAAAACCAGCAAAAUGUAGAAAGAGAAAAAUGAAGAAACUACUUUUCCGUAGAUACUUUGAAGAAAAGGGUGUUUGCUCCUCACUUUUGGGGACAAAGAACUAUUCCAAUAGCUUGCCUUCCUGAAGGUCAGCUGCUUCAAGUUCAAUGCUGCCUCAAUAGCAGAGUUGAGUUACAGCACAUGUGGCACUGCCACCUCUGCCUAUGGAGCUGACCUGGGUUCAGAGAAUCCCCUGUGACUAGCCACAGAAGCCUCAGUGCCUGGGUCACUGCACCCAGAGGUCUCUUACAGCCAACAGGUCCUGUCCUGUUGAUGGACUGCAACCCACCUGGGCCUGCAUUUCCUGUGCCAACUCCAUUUCCGCCUUGUGAAUUUGAACCGUCGAUUCAUUCCUUGGGUUGCAAGCUUGUUGACUGUGUGUCCAUUACUAUUCAUCAAAGUAGACGUGGGCAGGCGGGAAGCCCAUUCUAGGGCCUAAGGAAUGAGAUUUUGAUUCUGGAUGGAAGACAGCUCUGCAAAGCAACCAGGGCAUGGGCUUUGCUUUCUGGCAUCUCUCAUGUACAGAGAGCAGGAAGGGAAAGGAGCCAUGCACAGUGUAUACAUCCAGUUCCAUUUAGAUGGUAGAACCCGCCCAUUCAUUGCUUAACUACUCGAUGCUCUGGACUUUACUCAUCCACAGGUGAAACGAAGAACUUUUCACUUAGAAGUGGGUGUGCCCAACCAUGUUAAGUUAACCUCCGGAGAGAAGUGCCUGGAACCGCUGUUCCUGGUGUCUCUUUCAAGCUUUGGCUUCACAACCUUGUAGCAUUUAAAAACUGUUCGCAGCCACAAAUGUGAUUAACAGAAGUUUACACGGCAACACUGUACCUUGUGUGCAUUAUCUGAAAAGUCCGCUGACUUUCAUCCGUUGUUCAGGUGACGAAGACAACCCGUGAGAUACAAAGAAGAGCCACCAUCGUGCCACCAUCGGCCGUUGUGACAUAAACGUGUCUCAUUAUUGUAUGCAGUUCUCUGCGAUGCCGGGAUUAAAACAUAAGGCCACUUAAACAGUGGCAAGUGUGUGUGUGUGUGUGUUUGGUUACCAUUUGUUUGUUAGGCAACCGUUUUAUUUUUGCACAGAGUUGAAGGGAAAUUAAGAUAACGCUCCCUCCCCACCGAUGCUAUUCAACUACCUCUAUAUGCCUAGUUUCAUUUUAGGGGUUCCCUUCUUCUAAAUCCGCACAUAGCUUCAGCUCAUCUAUGUUGUAAUCGCAAUGUGAUGUAGCCAGUUUGUGUGAAAAUUGUUUGUUCAUUAAACAAAAGUUUGCUGUU